UACAUUCAAAACUUUCGUGCACCUCUUUCGUGUUGUGCACUGCUGCAUCUCCCACCACGCACCCACCCCCUCACUCCCUACGCCCUCACCAUCACCUACCCCACCCCUUAAUAUCCCUUUCCCCUAUCUCGCUAGCGUAUUCCAAUUUUUUCUCGUUUUGCAAAAGUCCGCCAUUUUUUUUUGGUCUAUUCAAUCUCUGGUUCUCUUUCUAGGGUUAGGGUUUUUCUGUAACAAUGUCUUGUUAAGGGUAAAGAAAUUCCUUUUUUCUCUUCAUCAGUUAUUCUAUUUAAUCUUCAUCAUUCAGUUCUGCAGGUCAACCAUGUACUGAAUCUGCUCUGCUAUUGAUUCAGUGUACUGAGGAAAACCUGCAGAUCACUAGCCCCCCUGCUUCAGAACUUUCAAGCUAUGUAUAAUGAAGGAGCCCCUGAGUUUGUUGUUGAUCAGGGAUUAUAUUAUCCACCUGCCACCAAUUAUGGUUAUUUCUGUACAGGAUUAGAAUCACCCGGAGAUUGGGAUGGCCACCAAGGAUUUUUUGGUCUGGAUGGUCAAGAUAUUCAGUAUAUGGAUGCUCAAACUGAAAGUUUCCCAUAUGUAUAUUAUACACCUAACUAUGGAUGUGCACAGUCUUCAUAUAACCCAUACAACCCUUACAUUCCUGGUGCUGUAGUAGGAGUUGAUGGUCCAUGUGCAGGGCCACAACAUUACUACACAAUCCCCCCCUAUGAAAACUUGGGAUCAUCUUCGUACUUUCCCAUGGCGGUACCAUCUACAUCUGGUAUUCAUGCGAAUGCUGCAGACCCAAUAAUGGAUAGUGUUUUAUCUUCUACUAACAGAGCUGAUGAUCUUCGUCUUAAACGUAAUCUAUCUCCAACAUCUCCAAUAUUUACCCCAACUUCAUUAGGGGGUUAUAAAAGUGCAUCUAACAGGGAUUCUGAAAGUGCAAAGAUCAAUGCUGCAUCGAGCAAGCAGCACGUGUCACAUGGUUUUUCCAGUCCAUCCUCUCAAGUUCACCCGGGUAAAGUAGCUCAAGCUAUAGGAAGCAUUAUUCAGGGGAAGACUUUGUCUAAUCACGGUCAACUGAGAGCUCCUCUUCCAUCUGAAAUUGACUUGUCUAAUCACAGAUCAGGUGCUCAUGAGCGGGCUAAUACAGAUAAAUUCAGGCCAAAGUUUCUAAAUGGAAUAACCCCAAGUGAUGGGAAAGUUAGUCCUGAUACGUUGUCAGAACAGAAUAGGGGACCUAGAAUUGACAAAAUGAAAAAGCAAUUGGUUGUGAAGGCGUACACUACAAGAGCAGGAAAUGUUGAUGUGCAAGGCAAUAUAGUUAUUCAUGCUGAUGAGUAUAAUAGAGGUGAUUUUCUGAUGGACUUUGUGAAUGCAAAGUUUUUCGUAAUCAAAUCAUACAGUGAGGAUGAUGUGCACAAGAGUAUAAAGUACAAUGUUUGGUCAUCUACCCCUAAUGGGAACAAAAAGCUGAAUAGUGCUUAUGAAGAUGCUCAGAGAACUGCUGGAAAUCCAAGAGGCUGCCCGAUAUUCCUUUUUUUCUCGGUUAAUGCAAGUGGGCAAUUUUGUGGGGUCGCUGAAAUGACUGGUCCUGUAGACUUCUACCAGGACAUGGAUUUCUGGCAGCAAGAUAAGUGGAGUGGUAGCUUCCCUGUGAAGUGGCACUUCAUAAAGGAUGUCCCAAACCCUAACUUUAGGCAUAUUAUAUUAGAGAACAAUGAGAACAAGCCAGUAACUAACAGCAGAGACACACAAGAGAUACGCUACAAGAAAGGUAUUGAGAUGCUGAAAGUAUUUAAGGAUUAUGCGUCAAGGACAUCAUUACUAGAUGACUUCAUGUAUUAUGAAAACAGACAGAAACUCUUGCAGGAAGAGAAAGCCAAGCUGCUAAUCAGGAGCUACAAUAGCCCAUUUGUUGUUCCUGUUCUAGAUCCUCCACGCAAGCUAAAUUCUACUUCAGGUUUACCUUCUGGUGAAAGUGAGAAGAUCUUGAAGUGUAGUGAACACCAACAAUCUGGAAAUUGCAUGGCUGUUCCUGCAGAACUGGAUUCUGUAGAUUCUAAAGCUAACAAAGAGGGUGCAAAUAAUGGUGACAAACUUGUGGCUGAAGGAGGUCCACACGUUAAUAGUGCACUGAAAAUUGGUUCCUUAACUAUCAACCCAAAACCAUUGAAAGAUCAGCCCAUGGAUGUACAAAGUACUACCACCACAGUGGCGAGCACCCAGUCAGUUGAUGUUGUCACUGUGGGAUCUAUGCCUGUUAAAGUUAAUGGACAUGCUGAAUCUUCUGGUUUCCUGACUAUUGGAACAAUUCCUCUUGAUCCUAGAGCUUUCCAACGUGAUGAGGCCAGUGGGUCUGGAAAAAAGGUCCUUAAGUGAGUAUGCGUGAGCACAGUAAGUAUCGUUACUGAAGGAAAAUUAGUUCCAUGUCAUAUAAUAUACUUGGUCCUACCAAAGUUGAUCCGACAAUAAGUUUUUGGAUAUGUUCUGUUCUUCAUUCCUCCUUUCGAGGAGAACGUGGCUGAGAUUCUAAUUUUGUUUGUGGUUGGGAUUUGGAUGAUGGCUGAUAUUGGCUUCACAUACAAUGCAAGUUUCUUCCUUUUGGCUUCUCUUUUUCAACAGAUUCAAGGUUUCCAUAUCUUUUCUUCAGCAUUAAGACAAAAAGACAAAGCAAAAUGCUUACUUUUGGUAUUCUUUAGUAGUUGUCUGGAAAACAAAUGUAAUGUUCGCGGCUGCUUGAUGUUAUGUUUAUUCUGGAUCUUCAGUAACUGAGAGUUUCUGCAGUUCAAAUUGUCAGCCUUGUGUUUCAAAGUAGUUCUAUUAUGGUUCUUGUGUGUGUCUCUAUUAUGGUUCUUGUGUUUCCAUAACUGAGAGUUCUUUUCCCAAUUGAAAUAUCACCAUUUAUGUGCCUAUGCAUUAGUUAUCACUGAUUUAAAUAUAUCUUCAAUUAUUGAG